GAGGAAAUCGCGUCUUAUCUUUGUCCCUUUUCCAUGAUGACUGAUCAUUCGGAGAGGAAAAGAGUGGGCUCGCUGAGCGGCGGCAAAAGCACGACGAAGGACGAGGAGCAGAUGAUGGCGACAGUGACAGUGCAUGGGAAGGAGAAGACGCUUUGCCGACGCAACAUCUUUCAUUUGUCCAUCGAGCACCCCGUCCGCUGGUGGUCGUUGUGGCUGGUCGAGCACCCGCUGUUUGACAAGAUCAUUCUCUGUCUUAUCGUCCUCAACUCAUGCGUCAUCGCCGGCGAGUUCUACAUCAAGGACGAGCAGCUGCGCAAAGACAUUCUGCACGGCGCCGAUAUCCUGUUCACGCCCAUCUUCCUCACCGAGUGCCUCCUCAAGAUCAUGGCCUGGGGCUUCGCUUUCGCCGAGCACACCUACUUCCGAGGGGGAUGGAAUUGGCUCGAUUUCCUGGUGGUGGUUGGCGGUCUGUUUGCCCUCUCCGACGCUGAGCGAGUCGCGCUGGCCGCCGACAUAUUCAGGGAUCUCCGGCCGCUCAGGAUUCUCAGUGCGUCAAGAGGUCGGUCGGUCGGUCAGUCAGUCAAUCAGCCGCACUGUCCUCUUGUGGGUCGAUGAGACAUGAAUCGCGUGCGUGCUGCAGGGAUGCGCAUGCUGGUCAACACGAUGCUCUUGUCGACGCAGAAGCUCGCGAAUGUGCUUGGCAUGGCCCUAUUCAUCUUCACGAUAUUCGGUGUUCUCGGCAUGACACUCUGGUGGGUGAGCACACACGCUCGCUCUAACAACGCCUCUCACACCAAUGUGAUGUGAGAGGAAUUCUCUCGUUCGCCCACGCAUGCUGUGCAGGGGUGGCCGGAUGCACUCCCGAUGCCGCCUCACCAAGAAACCCGAGUUCGACCCGAGGUGAAAUUUCUGAUUGACCGAAGAGACACGCGUUCGUCAUUCAUUCCUUGUGUGAUGUGUGUUUGCAGUGACGGAUGGGUGUGGGAGAUUGACGAGGAUCAGGAAAGGCUGUGUGGCGGUGCGUACGAAUGCGGGUAGGCCGACGGUGGAGGCAGGCAGACAUGCUAACAGAAGAAUCGGUGUUUCCAUCUCUUAUUUAUUUGUCUGUGUCUCGAUGAUGCCAUUCAUUGUCUCUAUGAUCAGUCUGUCGCAUGAAGGAGAGGCAACAUACUGCGGGUCUGCUUUCGAGCCGCCCAAGGGCACCAAGGUGGACGAGGCCUGCAGGCGGGAGGCAAGGCGAUCAGAAGACCUGAACUUCGGUACACAGCGCAUUCCACUCACACAAACGAGACUGACGACAGUGCCCCUGAAUGGCCUGUGGCUUGCUCAUCCAGGCAUCACCCACUUCGACCACCUGCCAGCGGCAUGGUGUGUGCGUGAGGGCGGCAAGCCGGGCUGAAUGAUAUUCUGUUGCGUCGACGUGUUGUUGCUUAUUACCCUGCAGGAUCGUCAUCUUUCAGACGGUCACGAUGGAGGGUUGGGUGGAUAUCAUGUACAUGCUUCAGGACUCUUACAACGACUGGGCGCCGCCCCUCUACUUCUGCGUCCUCGUCCUUUUCGGAUCUUUCUUCCUGGUAUGUAUGAGUAUGAGAAGACGAAAUGGAUGGAUGUGAGUCUUGAGAGUGCAAGAUAGAUGCGCUUGUGCGCUGUUUUCGGUCAUUGCUCAGCUGAAUAUCAGUCUUGCAGUGGUGUUCGACAGCUUUUCCAAGCGGCACGAUGACCAGCUGCACCAGACGCUCAUCGGCUCGCCGUCUGUCUCGCCCGCCGGCAGCCCUGUCAUUGGCCAAGAUGCCCCCUCCCCACGCAGCCCAGCGACAGCCAAGGAGGCCAAGUCGGUCGCAAACGACACUCCACCCAAGCAGCAGCAGCGACAGCGUGGGAAAAGGGAAGACGAGCAUCGAGAGACCGAGGUGUACGCAACACCGGAUCUUCUGCCCGAGGCACAGCAGCCGGAUGCCAGCCCUCUCCCGAAGGAGCUGAGGUCCGAUCCACUGCACCACUCCAGCCAUCCAUACCGGGGCGGCAACGGGACGUCCAGCAGCAACAGCAGCGGGCUAUCGCUGACCGCGGUCGUGCCUGUCGACCUCUUUGGUGACCAGGACGAGCCUGACGCGAUUAGAGCGGCAUCAGCAGGCCGCUCGCGGCAGCCAGCGUGGCGCAAAGACACGAUUUCCUCUCCACUCCGGCACAGGGACACACAGGGAGACCAGGACUCUAUCGCUGACAACGAUUCACGCGACUUCUUCGAAUCUUGUCUCGAGGAGCUCUCCCCACCAGCAUCAAGAUCAGCGUCUCACCGACCAUCGGCCAUCGAGCACCUGCUCCCAUCGCCACAGAGUGUGCCAACACAGCACACAACCCCUCCCUGCCGCCAUCAGCUACCCGGCAGGAGCGGCAAAGCGGCCCCUCUGCCCCCGCCCGCUGAGGACGACUCCCCCACACCAGUGCGAGAGGUCGUGCUCCCGGAUCGCAAGCUGGCGUUUCCCGCCUUCUCCGACAGCUUGCAGACGCCCAUCGCCCUGCACGCUUCGGCCCCGCCCCCAGACGAGGAGGCGUCACAGGAAACAAUGAGUGCGCAGCCGGCAACCGCGGGCCAGCUGGGGUACUCGCGCUUCAUCACUUUUGCUACACAGGUAGACCAGGCCCACUGUAAUACCGCCCCACACAGAUGAGGCAUGUGUUUGCGAUGGCUGCAGGCCUUUUCGACUGACAAGCCUGAGGGCGUGGUGUGCCAGCUGGCAAACCGGCUGGUGUCGAGCUCGUGGUGGCAGGUGUUCGUUGUCUGUCUUAUCGUGCUCAACACGCUGGUCCUCAUGAUGGACCGGCACCCCAUGUCGGAGGCCGAGGGGAAAGUCCUCUCCAUCGCGCACGUGGCCUUUACUGUCGUCUUCGGUGUCGAGAUGGUCCUUAUGCACCUGGCACUCGGCUUCCGGAACUACUGGACAGACGGCAUGAACUGUUUCGAUGGCGUUGUGGUCAUCGUGUCUUUCGUCGAGCUCGGGCUGGCUGGGGCGGGCGGCGGCGCCAUCACGGCACUGCGGGCAUUCAGACUUUUCAGGUGAGCUGGUGCCCGUCGUGUGAGGGAGAGCGGGUGCUCUAAUGAAGUUGAUGCGUGUGUGUCAAGGAUAUUUCGUUUGGCAAAGAGCUGGGUGUCCUUUCGGUGUCUGCUGCGGUCGAUGCUGGCGAUCCUGCUGGAGAUGGGCAACUUCCUGGCGAUCGUCAUCAUCUUUAUACUCGUGUCCGCUCUCAUCGGCGUGCAUGUGAGACACACGAACAAGGAACAGCAGGCAAAGCUGUCCAUGUACGUCCUGUCCGUCUGUCUCCGUCUAUGUCAUAUGCAUUCAGUUCUUUCGCGGAAGUAGGCCACGUCUGCAAACGACAGCAUGUUGAGCGAAAUGGCGUGACUGUUGUGUCACAGAGUUUUGUUUCCGCGAGAAUGGAACGCCUGUCGAUGUAGGGGCUGACCCAGACGCCUGUGAGGGCGAUGAGGUGGAGAUACCAAGAGUCAACUUCGACAAUCUUCAUCAGGCGCUGACAGUCAUCUUCAUCAUCUUCACGGGAGAGGACUGGAACAGCGUAGGCACAUAGAGAAAGAAGGACCGGCAAAGUGUCGGUGUGGUGGAUUGAUGUCUGGACUGUGUGCGUUGGGUUGGGUGCAGUUCAUGUAUGAUGGGAUGCGAGCGACGGGAUGGUGGGCGGCCUUCUACUUCAUCAUCGUCGUGGUGAUUGGCAACUUCCUCGUCCUAAACAUCUUCCUGGCCAUCCUCAUGUCCAACUUCGAACAACAGUCCACAAAAAUUAGAGUACACAUACGCCAUGGCAGAGAUUGAUGGAUGCUUCAUGGACGGGUAUGCCUCUCUCUCUCUGUUGAUGUGGCCUGCAGGAGCGUGCUGAGAGCCAACGCAGGGAGAGGAAGGCUGCGGCAACCAAGAACAUAUCGCAGCUCAUCGCCAACCUCAAACUCGCACCGCAGCAAAACGCCUUCGUGGGGACGUCCCCAGGACGAUCAGAGGAGGGCGGGAAGAUCGCGGCUGGAGGGGACAACACACCUGACGACACUCCAGUCGGAAACACAGCAGCGGUACGCCGAACAAGGGCUACUGCCUCCCCGGCAUGUGUGGUUGUGCGUAUGCCGUGCGUAUGCAGGAGUAUCCCCGUUCGACGUCGUCCGACAUGGUCGUUGCCUUCCGUGACCACACACAGCUCAGUCCUGUCGCAGUGCACACCUUCCCGCCCAAUGUGGUCGAGCCCCCACACAACGCCGACGCUGGUGCGGGGGUAGAAAUGGAAAAGAGGCUUGACGGCACCAACCAUCUCAGAGAGGAGCAUGAUUCGCAUGUCGCUGUGGGGGAGUUGGAGAAGCCGACCAGCGACGGCGUCAAGCUACCGCCUCUGUCCGAUGAUGACGACGAUGUGCCCCCUGCCAGUAUCCCCGGCAAGAGUUUCCUGCGUCAGCAGACAGAGAGUCUCAGUUUCUGGGCCAAGAAGAGGGUGCGGCAGCUGGAGGGGGCGUCGCUGGCGGAGAGGGCCGGGGGAUGCUUCUGGUUUGCGCUCGUGUGGGUCAUCAACGCCGUCAAGAGGGUUCAUGAAAUCCCGCGGAGCUGGCUGGUCUUCCACAACGAUUCAGCCGUCAGACAGAUGGCCAAGCGAGUGGUAAGCCAAUCAGUGAAGCACACUGCUUCUGUCUCUGGCGCAUGCCUAUGUGUCCCGGACAGGUGUCUGACAAGAGAUUCGACUCGGCAAUACUGGUGUGCAUUGUCUUGUCGUCGGUUGCCAUGGCUUGGGACAAUCCACUUGAUGACCCCGACGAUCCCGAGCAGUGGUUUCUGUUCUACUUCAACAUCGUCAUGACGUUCAUCUUCACGGUCGAAUUUAUGCUCAAAACUGUCGCCAAUGGUCAGUUGAGUCGACCCACCCCACCGACACACACGCAGAGAAUGGGGGCCACAUGUGUGGACGGUCUGGCUCGGUCUGGGCAGGUUUUUGUUUUGCAAAGAAUGCCUAUCUCCGCGAUGCGUGGAAUUGGCUCGAUUUCUUCAUAGUUGCCGGUCAGUAGGAGACAGGCAGGCAGGCAGGCCGAGAGGGAUAGAGAGACACAUGCACACCGAGAAGAGGCAGACAGAUGUUCAUCUUGAAUCAUCUUCUUUGGUGUCUGUCGGUGGCUCUCUGUGUUGCAAUGCAUGCAGUCUCUCUCGCCGGUGAGCCAUGAGCCAGUCAAUCAAGCUAAGCCCUGCCUGUGUUGCCAUCCAUUGAUUGUCUCGUUCAUGUAACCAACCGUCAGAUCUGGCCAAUCAGGAGUCCAAGCUGACGGGGAAGGAUUCCCAAGGGGACAACUCGCUCAGCAGCCUGAAGUCUCUCCGUGCCUUCCGCGCACUGCGGCCGCUGCGCCUGAUCUCACGGAACGAGAGUCUGCGGCUUGUGGUCAACACCUUGCUGCAGUCGGUGCCGUCGCUGCUCAACGUGCUGCUGGUGUCGGUCAUCCUUUACCUCAUCUUCGCCAUCCUCGGCGUCAACUACUUCAAGGGUGCAUUCGGCUAUUGCGACGUCAGUGAGUGAUUUCUGUGUGAUAUGGGCUGCCGCGACGCUCUCCUGUCUCUGUGUCUUGGUUGACUGACAGGGCAUUGAGGAUCUGCCUGAGGGCGUUGAGAUCACGACAAAGGAGGAGUGCGAGAACAAUGACGACACCAGGUGAACUAACUAUGUGUGGCUCACACCGUCGGUAGCCGCCCGCCUGUGUCUGCAUCGCACGAACCUGUCUCCUCGUGUGUCAGCUGGGAGUACCAUGACGCGCAUUUUGACGAUGUGUUUGAGGCCAUGUUCACGCUGUUCGAAAUGUCCACCACCGAGGGAUGGAUCGACGUCCUCUACGCAGGUACCAAAGGUCUACGUGUGUGUGUGUGUGUGUGUGUGGAACGAAUCGAUGCACACCUUCCUUCUCGCAUCGAUUGCAUGUAGGCAUUGACGCUGUGGGCAUCGACAAGGUGCCACGGCGGCACUGGAACCCCGCGGCGGGUCUGUACUUUGUGCUCUUCAUGGUGGUCGGCUCCUUCUUCGUCCUCAACAUGUGUGUGGGCGUCAUCGUCGACACGUUCAACCGCCUCAAGCGUGAGGCGGGCUCGGUGCUGCUGACCCCGUCGCAGCUGCAGUGGGUGCGGCAGCAGCGGCAGCUCUUCCAAGCCAAGAGGCAGCUCAUCACCUCAGCGGAAGUGCACUGGUCUCGCGCCUGGAUGUAUAGCUUGGUGACGUCUCGGCUGUUUGAGAUGACCAUCAUGGCCUGCAUUGUGCUCAACACCGUCACUCUGGCGCUGCGGAUAUACCCCCCGCCAUAUGGCCUGUCGGACGACUACCCACUGCAGCUGAACCGCAUCAACAACGCGUUCGUCGGUAAGCUCAGGGAAGAAACACACACACAGCCCGCCUAUGCUCCAUCGUGCUCCCUCGUGUGCAGUUGUCUUCAAUGUCGAGUUUCUCCUGAAGUAUGUCAGUCCACCAGCGACCCUGCGGAUGAGUCUUGGCAUCAUAUAUGAUGUGUGUUCUGUGUCUGUCUGUAGGUUUUAUGCGUUGCGUCUGGCGUAUUUUUCGUCGGGUUGGAACAUCUUCGACUUCAUCUGUGUGCUCAUCCCCGACAUACAGCUCCUCUUGGAGGCCGUCACUCCUCACUCGGGAGACUCGUCCGUCUUCACUGUGGUAAGUAACUUUCUGUAUGUAUUUCCGCAGACACACGAGCGAGACAUACUAUCACACAUGUCAAGUUGAUGUGUGUGUUUGUGUUUGUCUUGAAACACAGGUGCGUGUGUUCCGCAUUGCUCGUCUGUUCCGGCUGAUCCGCUUCGCAAAGGGCCUUGAUCGGCUGUUCCAGGCCUUCAUCCUCUCCAUACCCAAACUUGUAAGUGACUAGACGAGACGACUCCACACACAGAGAGACAUGCCACGACCGAGUGAGUGUAUUUAUAUGUGUCCGUGUGGUGCGUGCGUGCAGAUCAAUGUGGGUCUGUUGUUGUUCCUGCUGCUGUACAUCUUUUCGAUGCUGGGCAUAUCGCUGUUUGCCAAGGUGGGGUACAACGGGGACCUCAACGACCACGCCAACUUCAGGUCCACCGGAUUCGCACUCCUCACCCUGUUCCGGUACACAUACACACGCAGCUGGCUGGUCCCUCUCCCUCCCUUCCUCAAUCCCUCCCUCCCUCCCUCCCUCCCUCAUGGAAUGCUCUCGCCGCCUGUGUGUGUGUGGUCAGCUGCAUGACGGGCGAGGAUUGGCAUGCUGUAAUGUAUUCGACGGCCAACAGGAAGGACAUCGAGAACCCCCUGUACCCGUGCAAAGCCGAGUGCCUCGACCCCUCCAACCCCCAGUCGUGUCUGUUCCCGGCCACGACCACGUGCAACUGCAACUGCAUGGAAGAGACCAUCCCCUGCUGGGACGCGGCUGAGAGGGGCGACAUGCGGUACAGGCAGCUGGCGGACGAGUGGGACGGCAACCCCAUCCAGUGCGGCAACCAGUCAGCAGCCACCAUGUUCUUCAGCACCUACACCGUCCUCAUCACAUUCGUCAUCUUGAAUCUCUUCAUCGCCGUCAUUCUGGUCAGUCAGUCCGGCUGGGCUGCCUUUCUCUGGCCUGACUUGCCGACGUGACGGGCAGACGUACGUAUGUGUGUGGUGUCAUGUCAUGUGUGGCUCAUCAGGAUUCGUUUGAGGACAGCUCUUCCCACACGAGCUCAGAGUCGGACAACCAGCUCCUCGUCAUACAGAGAUUCAUACGUACGCAGGGCUGAUCGAUCCAUCCGUAUCUAGGACGGAUGUGCGUAUGUGUGUGUGCAGUAUUGUGGCAGAAGUACGAUCGUGACAACAUCCAGCUCCUGCCGAUCCCCAAGGUGAUGGUCAUCCUUCACAAACUCGGACCUCCCGUCGCACCUGACCCAAAAAGCGACUACUCGGUACGCAAGCAAAUCCACGACACCAAAUUCAUAAACACCCCUUUCUGUGCAGCGUCUGAAGCUGGCUGCCGGUGCCCCCAAUCCCCCCCCAGCGGCCAUUCCCGACCGCCCCAGCAGCCCCAAGGACGCCCACCCACCCGAACUAUCGACGAGCCUGCCCCCCCAAGGCGGCUGGCUCGCCGAGCAGGAGGCGUCCCCGCCAACCAGCAAGCAGAAAGACCGGGGCGGGGGCGUCACGGGAUUCUUCUCGAGCAUAUUGCCGCAGCCCAGAAAGGUCCGGCCCGCACCACCAGCGCCAGGGCGCUCCCAGAGCCUUGAGCCGACGGGUGCGCCGGGUGAGGCUGGCGAAGACUACAUCAAUCUCAGCACGAAAUACACCAAACAGGUACGUGCAGUCGAGACAGUGGGCAGAAGAGAUGUCCCUUGUGAGUGGUUGUGGGUUGUGUGUGUCAGUUGCGGCUGGCUGUGUCGGCUGACGGUUUUGUGACGUUUCACGACGCUGCUCUGGCGGUGCUGAGACGGCUCAUCGGUCAGGGAGACACAGAGGUCAUACGGUAAGUCAGUGUGCCCGCUGCCGCAUGCAUGCGUGUCUUGCCAUCGUGGGUGUGAUGGCCUUGCCCAUGUGUGUGUCUAUCUGUCUGUCCAGUGAGUUGCAAGAGUUUGAGAAGAUGAGACCGCAACGGGCCCUGCACAGAGGCGUGUACAUCUCACGCAAAAUGGUCAGCCAGCCAUACAAUGCACCCAUGCACGCCACGCCCAACACACAGUCGAUGGCAUGUGCAUAUUGAUUGCAGGAGAGGACAAGUGAGAUGCUGCGUCUAGAGGAGCUGACGGCCGUCCGCACCAUCCAGGUCUGCUGGCGGGGGUGGAAAGACAAGGCCAUCGCCAAGAGGGGCUCGAUCGACAGGGCCUCUGUGGCCUCAGAAGAGCCCGUGCGCACACCAGUGGUGCAUUCAUUGUGAUGGUGUGUGCGUGACGGGGUAGGGGUAGGGAGAGGCAGAGGGAAAGCUUUGUCACACUUCGGUGGAUCGCAGCUUUUUUGCUCAACAGGAGGGCAUGGCGAUAGCAUCCAUAUGAUAUGGUAGGUCUUUUUGACAGUGGACAAUCUGUGCAGCAUCCUUUGCCUGUCUGACUGCGUGUGCGCAUGGUGAUGGUGAUGACAGCUGGUACGUUUCUG